CAGCAUGCUUGGUGAUUGUAUGCUCUGACUUCCAUCUAUUACUCACUCGACCAUUGAUCAUCGACCGACGUAUAGGAGAGGAGAGGCUUGCUGCCCAGAAUGGACGCUACGACUGCUGCUACGACGACUGCGAUUGCGACUGGGAGCACUGGAACUGGGAGCACCGACAAUGGUCAGCACGAUGGGGAGCAGCAGCAGCAGCGAGACACUUGUGCUACGACGACCAGUAUGAAUGCGCCCACGAAGGCGAUGAGUGCUCCUACCAACACGGGAGAUUGCAGCGACCCAGAUGCAGCAGAUACUAGUCUUAUCGUCCAUCCUCACGCGCACCCUCGUUCUCACUCUGGCAAUGACAAUGGCAAUGCCAACGCCAACGGGAAUGGAGAACGUCCCCACCACCAUCCUCAUCCUCAUCCUCAACAUCAACUCACCGCUCAUUCAAACGGGGCUAGUACCGGAGCAGGGCAAGUCAAGUUCGGCAUCGGGAGCGAGGAUACAAGUAUGCUCGAACUUUUCCCCGUGUUGGGGGUCUCGCAGGGUGGCAGGCUGAAGAUCGACUGGGAGACGGAGAAAGAGUCGGGCUUGGCAAUUCGACCAGAGGAGAGCCUGUUUGAUCUGGUUCAUAAGAGCAGUCGCUUCACCGAGCUCGUCUUGGGCGGCAAGAGCAUCGCAGCUGCUCUAGGAUUGCUGCACAGUGGUACUCGCUUGCUGGACUCGGAGAAUGCCGCACGUCGAAGCAUGUCACCUCUGGAGUCGAAGAUGUACGAGGCAUGGAAGAAUGGUGCUACUCUCCCUAGUCUGGCGGGCCUCAUUCCUUUGACAACUCCAGGCAGCACGAUGCAUCGCGAUAGACUCUUUAAUCGCCUCGUCCCAGAGGAAAAGCAGCAUGCACUGGCUCUCGGUCAACUCUACAAGCUUCCUGACGGGCAGGGAGUAUCGCUUGAGCAGCUGCAGGCUUUUGAGAGGCAGUAUCCUCAACUUUUAUCACUCGUCAGCGCUAGAUGCAAAGUGCUCUCGGUGGACGAUGAUGCGGGAGUAUUGCGGAGCGAUCGUGUAGCUGCUGAGUGCUUGGCACUGAGGAAGACGAUCAGUAUGAUGGAUGGAGCGCUCAACGAUAUUGUCGCAAUGAUCGCAAAUGCGGUACAGACAGUCAACGAGACUAGCGAGCUGCUCAGAGCCAGACUCGAAGGUCUGACGUUGGGUACGGCACCCUGUGAGGUCAAGGACAGCUAUGCGACCCAUCAGGAUUUCACUGGCUCCAACUAUCCUCAUCCCAGGGGCCGCGUCGAGGAGCAUCCAGAGGCCGAAGAAAGGACGGCCAACGACGUAUACGUGAACAAUGGCACCUGCGACGAACGCAUGAAUGACGACGACGACGAUCACGACGGCCACCACCGUACUUCAGAGACAGGUCAUGAUCACCUCGAAGAAGACAAUGUCAUCGAGGACGACGCCAUGUCCGAGGACCAAGAUGGAGCAGCUGAACCCCAGAUACGCAGCUCCUCUCCCACGGCUCAGAAUUGUUCAUCCGACGCACUUGACGAGGUCGUCCAUAGUGCUGGUGUUGUAGCUCGAAACGAAGCGCAGAGCCACCCAGCGAGUGAAGUUUCUGACACAGAGCGCGUCGAGAGGCUACUCAGCGAACCUCCCGAAGGAUCUGCACAGGCUCAGGACAUUGAUGUGCACCAUCAAGACAGCUCAAUUGGCCGUCCCAUAACUACGCAUGGCGCACCUCCGGAGGCGAUCCCAGUACCGCGCCGACCAGAGACCGGCAGCGUGACUGGGUUCAUGAGUCUGGGCAAGAAGCCCACGCUCGCUCUCCUGCCAGAGAUGGCCGACACUUCCUCCUCUGCUUUACGAGGACCGACGGGCGAUGCACACUCCAGCCCUGAUGAUGCUGCUGCCAGUGAGAAGGCUCACAAGGUCGUUGCGCUCGGCGAAGGAGGAGGUACCAGUGGCAAAUCCCUCCCGUUCGCUCCUGCUGGGAGCAGUGGUAGAGGCUCGACUCCCUUUGUGAUUGCUGGACGCAAGGACUGAGGAGGCAGUGCAAAGCACCAGCAAUUGUGAUCCGUUUCGAUGUGAGAUUUUUCGAUUCCAAUGAAAUAAAGGGAGG